AUGGCAGAUGCUGUGUCAGUACCAAUUGCUCGUGGUCAGACAAACACAUCCAAGAAGUCCUCCAACAAGGGCAAGGGACAGAGCUUUUCACACAUGACAUUGGAUGAAAUGAAGGCACUUUCCCCUGCAGCAGUCACAGCUCUUACUGGUGCUGAACUGCAUGCAGCAUCAAAAGACCUCGUGCAGCAGGUGAUGCAAGCAUGGAGCACUGAGGUCAGUGAAGGUGUCAUGCACAUGCUGAAGCAGUACAAGGAGGAUGAGGCUAAAUGCUUGCAAAGGCGCAAGGAGAAGGAGGCAAAGUGCACGAGAUAUGAACCCAACUCGCAUCUCUCUCUUCCAUUACUUUGUUGGCGAUUCGACGUGAACACCGUGCCCAUUUACAACGUAUUCCUCGGCUUCUUCGUCUUCGUCUUCACCCUCUUCUCCUCGUCAUCCGCGAAAAGCUCUACCUCGGCGAGCCGAUAUGAGAGAGAGAUUACGGCGUUAGCGUCGAUCCUUAAGGCACCGACAUAA